CGGUCUGGGGGGCGGUGCCGGGGGAGGCUCCGGUCCCGGUGCCGGCCCCGCCGGUAACUCCGCCUGCAGUAUUUAUGGGAAAACAAGCGGCUGCAGAGCGUGGGGCCGAACCGUGCUGUGCCGUGCCUUGCCGGAUCGGGCGGAGCCGGGCCAUGGUCCCCAGGGCGGCGGCAGCCCCAGCCUAGCGCGGCGGCGGCGGCGGCGGCGGCUGGGGUAUGCGGGAGCCGCCAGAGCGGCUGGCGCGGAGCAGUGCUGUGAUGGAGCCACCACAGGCCCCUCGGCCACCUCAGCCCACCCACCCCCUCACUGCUGCCACUGGACCAGGGUGGGCUACCGUCCUCUGAGGCCGUGUGACAGCGAACAGGCAGGAGAAGAGUCGCUUUUAAGAUGACACGAACAGACCCACCUGACAUCCUGGUGUCCACGGUGUACCAAGACAUCAAGGUGGCGACAGCAGCCCCAGGGGAUUCCGUUGUCUGUCAGCCCCUAGCACAAUGUGACGCCUCCAUGUCCUCCUCCCUGUCCCGCGAGCCGCAGCCCUUCAACAAGCGCCAUUGUAGGAGUUUCGACUUCAUCGAGUCGCUGGAAGAGCUGGGCACCCCCUCGGCCAUGGAGCGCGCCUGUCUGCGCCCCGGCAUGCCCGAGCCCACGCCGGGGCCGCCGGGCAGGCAGGCGCCACCGAAGCCAGACUCUAACAGCGGCAGAGCCUCCGCGCCGCGGAGCGAGCCGAAGCGCCGAGCCCGCUCCAAGAGCGCCCCGCGGGUGAAGUCCACCCUGACCCCGGUGCCCAUCACCGUGGCGGCAUCACCGCCGCCAGCCCGGCGUGGGCGGGAGGUGCUGCGGGCAGCACGGGAGCCCUCCCACACUGAUCCCUCGCCGCGCCGCGAGGGCCCGAUGCAGCUGCGGGCGCUGGCCAACGAGGUUCACCCCAUCAAGCUGCAGCCGCAGCGGAGCAGCGUCAGCCGCAUCUCCCCGCUCUGCCUAGGCAGCAAUUGCUACGAGGAAGGGCCGGGGGCGAAGGUGGGCGCCAGCCCCCACGUCAAGUGCCGAGUGGACAUCAAGCCGGACGAGGCAGUGCUGGUGCACACGGCGCGGAGUCUGCGGGCAGCCCCGAACCGUCCGGAGCCGCUGCGCUGGCCCCGCACCCCUGUGGCCGCCCGCAGCCUGACAGUGCCAGGCAGCCGGCAGGCGUCCGCGUCCCGCACGCCCACCCCCAGCGACUCCUACAGCGGGGACCCUCCGCUGCUGCCCUACCCCGGGGAGUACUACGAGGCAGACCCCCGGGCACUGGCAUACCAGACAGUGCCCGUGCCAGCCUCACGGGAAUUCAGGGAGUACCCCGAGAGGGGCUGCAUGACCUUUUCGGCCCCCGGCGUCCCAGCCAAGUUCUUCUACGCAGAGGAGUCAGCGCGGUGCCCCAGCCCUGCCAUGCCCCUCCGCAGCUCUGGCUAUGCCAGCUACCCCUACCCCAGCCGCCACGCCGCGCCCCAGACCUUCUACACCGAGGACCCGGCCAAGGCUGCUGCUCACACCAUGCCGGCCCGGACGUUGUACGUGGAGGAGGCGCGGGGUUACCCGGUGCAGGAGGCACCUGCCCGCACCUUCUAUGGGGAUGAGCCCCGCUACUACGCCCCGCGUGGGACCCCUGUCAAAACCCUGUACGCCGAGGACGCUCGGACAUACCCAGCCCUCGGCUCCUCCCCCCGGCUGCUCUACGCCGAGGACUACGGGAAGUACCGGGAGCGGGAGGUGCUGUCGCGCACGUGCCCCCCGCCCCGCAGCGCACAGCCCCUGCACUUCGGGGACUGGUACUGCCCCGAGAGGGCCACGCUGCCCUACCAGAGCCUGCAACUGUCCCGCUUCACCCCACAGCCGGCCGGGCGUGAAGCCAUGUUCUCCUCCUGGCAUGCCAGCUAUGGCGUGACUCCACCACGGCUGGGCCGGGAGACUCAGCACUACUCCAAAUCCUGGGACAACAUCCUGGCGCCAGCAGCGCGCAGGGAUGAGGCCCUGCUGCGUGGGCGCAGCUAUGAGAACCUGCUCGCCCAUGAAGAGCACCGUGCCUUGUCCCCCGAGGAGCGCCGGCAGCCUGUGGUGAUCAACCUGUCGAGCUCACCCAAGCGCUACGCGGCCCUGUCCCUCUCCGAGAGCUCCAUCCUCGAGCGGGUGCACGCCGACGGCAGCCGCGGGCCCCCAGGCCGCUCCUGGUAUGUCACGCCGGAGAUCACCAUCACCGACAACGACAUCCGCGCCGAGGGGCUGGGCCGGAGUGAGAGGCGCUCGGCCAGCUGGGACAUGCUGGACGCGGGGCGGGAGUGCAGGCCCUACGCUGUGCCCUGCGCCCCACAGCCCAGCCCCAGGGAGAGCGGCUCGGGACGCCAGCGCAGCCUGGAGCAGCUGGACGAACUCAUCACCGACCUUGUCAUUGACUACAAGCCGGCACCGGGCCACCGCUCUGGGGACAGGGACAGCCUUGCAGAGCAGCUCAAGCAGCUGCUGAGCAGUAGCGCCUCGGGGCCCCCCCGGCGGGGCGAGGGCAGGCGGGUCCCUCACAACGUGCCCGAGGGACCCCGACCCACAAAGGAGCAGCCGGGCCCCAGCUCCCAUGCUGGCACCCCGCGCCGCCCACCAGCCACUGGCCCCUUCGAAAAGUCACCGGAGAACUGCUCACCCGACCUGAGCGCUGAGGAGGACGACAUGAUGAUGUGCUCCAAUGCCAAGUGCCGGCGCACAGAGACCAUGUUCAACGCCUGCCUCUACUUCAAAUCGUGCCACAGCUGCUACACCUACUACUGCUCCCGGCACUGCCGGCGUGAGGACUGGGACACGCACAAGGCCAGCUGCGUCUACGGCCGGGUGGGCAGCGUCUGCCGCCACGUCCUGCAGUUCUGCCGCGAGAACACUGAGGUGCACAAGGCUUUCUCACGCAUUGCCAAGGUGGGAUACCUCUCCCGCGGCCGUGGUGUCCUCUUCCUGGGCUUCCCCAAUGCGGGCUCCGCCGAGAACUUUCUCCAGUUUGGGCUGGAGAGCCUUCUGAUGUCCCCCACCUACCUGUCCCUGAGGGAGCUGGACAGCUACUCGGACAACCUGGGGGAGUAUGCCCAGGAGCUGCGGGAGACAGGCAACCAGUACGACCCCAACGAAUGUUUCCUGCUGAAUGUAACCGUGGCCGUCACUCAGAAAGUGCCAGAGAGGCCGUCACCGAAGAUGCAGGUGCCGACGGUCAGGAAAUACGCCAAGGUGGCCUUAGCCUCCUCCAGCCCUGAGAAGAAGAUCUUGAAGAAGGAGCGGGACAUGGAAACGUUGAUCCUGACGCCACCGCCCGGCACGGCGGACAUCGACAAGGAGGGGGAGGAGGGCCGGAAGGCGCGGGAGGUCUGCUUCAUCAACAUCCAGCGGGAGCUGCGCAUCCGCGGCGUCUUCCUGCGGCACGAGUUCCCCGCUGUCUACGAGCAGCUCUGCGACUUCGUGGAGAGCAACAAGCGCUUCACCCCCACCACCAUCUACCCCAUCGAUAAGAGGACGGGCAAACAGUUCAUGUGCAUGAUUAUGGCGGCCUCCGAGCCUCGCACCCUCGACUGGGUGGCCAGCCCCAACCUCCUGGACGACAUCAUGUGAACGCAGGGCGGGGGCCACCCCCUCUGUAGAUACGUGCUGUCCUGUCAGAACCCCCUCGGCUAUUACACCAAGGGGAGGGGGCUGCGGGCAGCCGCCAGUGCUGAGGGGACCGGGCGGUGACGGGAGCACAGCCCGAAGUUUGCCCUGGAGCCCAGAGCCUGGGGAGCCCCUGUAGAGCCCUCUCGGGUGAGCGCUGCUUGGCCAGAGCGGGGGCGCUCCGCACCCCCCCCCAACCCCUGCUCACCGGGCUGCCACAACCCAGAGCCCCUCGGGCCUGCCCCAGGAUCUCCUCAGCACCGAGGGUCCCGCAGCGGCCAUACCCAGCGCCUGGGAUUGGGCUGCACCGGGACUGUGUCCCCACCGUGUCUGUGUAGCAUGUGCGUGUUACUGCGGGAGCGUCAGGUGCUGGGGGGACCCUGGGACCCCACGCGGGCUCUGGGCACAGAGCGGGGCAGGGCUGGGGGGUCCCUGGACGCUGCCGGGGGAGGGGGGGAGCGGCCGCGGUGAGGGAUCCGCGGGGGGGGGAGGGGCGGGGGGCUCUGACCGGGGUCAGUGAGGGCUGACCGUGGCGGGGAUCAAGGAAGACGAGGCAGAGCCGGGGUCGUGGCCAAGGCCCGUCACCCUGGGCGCCCACGCUGCCCUGCCCGGCCCUGCUCCCCGCUGUCGAUCACACCUCCGGGACCGGCACCGGCACCGGCAGCAGCCUCCACCCCCGGAGCCGCGCCCGGCGGGACCCCGCACCGCCUGUGGGCGGGGCCUGGCUUCGCGAGCGCUGGUUGGGCGCGGGGCGGAGGAGGCGGGCACACGGGCAGGGGCCGGGCGCUGGUUGG